CACCGCUCCGCAUCGUUCCUGCUGCCGUAGCCGCCUGCGAGCGGCUCCGCUCCCUUCCCUCCGGCGCGGGGUCGCUCGAGGAUUAGGGGCGGAGGGAGCUCCACCGGCGGGAGGCAGGCGCGGAGGCGGGUCCGUCAGCAUCCCUGCGCUCCGCUCCGCUCCGCGCGGCCCGGCGGCGCCGUAGGGCGAGCAACGCUGCGGGCGCGGGAAGGGGCCGAGUUGCCGGAGGUGCCCGGGGCGCCGGCGGCUCCCGGCGGCUCCCAGAGGGCCGGAUCCGCGGCGGGAGAAGCCGCGGCUGCUGUUGCCGUGUCCGUCCGUCCCCCGCGGCGCCGGCGCUCCCGGGAUGGGCCUCCCGGCGCUGGGGCUGUGGCUGCUGGCGGCGGCGGGGAUCGUGCGCGAGUCCCUACAAGGAGAGUUCCAAAGGAAGCUUUACAAGGAGCUGCUGAAAAAUUACAACCCUCUGGAGCGACCAGUUGCAAAUGAUUCCCAGCCACUCACUGUCUACUUCACUCUCAGCCUCAUGCAGAUCAUGGAUGUGGAUGAAAAGAAUCAAGUAUUAACAACAAAUAUCUGGCUACAAAUGUACUGGACAGAUCAUUAUCUACAGUGGAACGUGUCUGAGUACCCGGGAGUGAAGAACGUCCGUUUCCCAGAUGGACUGAUUUGGAAGCCUGAUAUUCUUCUCUAUAACAGUGCUGAUGAAAGGUUUGAUGCGACUUUUCACACCAACGUUUUAGUCAAUUCUUCAGGACAUUGCCAAUACCUGCCCCCAGGCAUAUUUAAAAGCUCCUGCUACAUAGAUGUGCGCUGGUUUCCAUUUGACGUUCAGAAAUGUAACCUGAAGUUUGGAUCCUGGACUUAUGGAGGCUGGUCCUUGGACUUACAGAUGCAAGAAGCAGAUAUAUCUGGCUACAUUUCAAAUGGGGAGUGGGAUUUAGUAGGAGUUCCUGGGAAGAGGACUGAGAGCUUUUAUGAGUGUUGUAAAGAACCCUACCCAGAUGUAACAUUCACAGUAACCAUGAGACGUAGGACUCUCUAUUAUGGACUCAAUCUCCUUAUUCCCUGUGUACUGAUAUCAGCACUUGCUUUGUUAGUUUUCCUGCUUCCAGCAGACUCAGGAGAAAAGAUCUCACUAGGUAUCACAGUUUUAUUGUCUCUCACUGUGUUCAUGCUGCUUGUGGCUGAAAUUAUGCCAGCAACCUCUGACUCCGUGCCCUUAAUCGCUCAGUAUUUUGCCAGCACUAUGAUUAUUGUUGGUCUUUCUGUGGUUGUCACUGUUAUUGUUCUACAAUACCACCACCAUGAUCCAGAUGGCGGAAAAAUGCCUAAAUGGACAAGGAUCAUCCUUCUGAACUGGUGUGCUUGGUUUCUGAGGAUGAAAAGACCAGGGGAGGAGAAAGUGCGUCCUGCCUGCCAACACAAACAGCGCCGCUGCAGCCUGUCCAGCGUGGAGAUGAACACUGUGAGCGGGCAGCAGUCCAGCAAUGGCAACAUGCUCUACAUUGGCUUCAGGGGGCUGGAGGGGGUUCACUGCACACCCACCACCGAUUCAGGGGUAAUCUGUGGGAGGAUGACCUGCUCACCAACAGAUGAAGAAAACCUGCUGCACAGUGGCCACCCCUCUGAAGGCGACCCAGAUCUGGCUAAGAUUUUGGAAGAGGUGAGGUACAUUGCAAACCGGUUCAGAGACCAGGAUGAAGAGGAAGCCAUUUGCAACGAGUGGAAGUUUGCAGCCUCUGUAGUGGAUCGGCUCUGCUUGAUGGCCUUUUCAGUCUUCACCAUCAUUUGUACAAUUGGUAUUUUAAUGUCAGCACCAAACUUUGUAGAGGCCGUGUCUAAAGAUUUUGCUUAACUCCCAACUAGAACCUGCUUCUCUGAAUGGUAUGUAGCAAAUAAGAACGUGGGGUUUUUGAUUGCUUGUUUCUAAUGAGUGUACUGCUUCUCAUUGUCUGCUUUCUUUUGCCCCCCUCUCUGGUCCUGAGUUCCUUUUGGAAGAGUGGCACCAUUUCGGAAGGGAAGCUAAGGAUUUCUCUCUGGGCUGCCUGGGCACAGCUCCUUUGAGCGCUCUUUUGUGGAAAAUGCAGUGGCUGCAAGUCCCUUCAGAAUGACAGAGUGUUGCACCACAGUCUCUCACACACGUUUGAACUGGCCAUUACAAAAUCAGAGGUAGACAAUGCCAGAAAUGUCACUUCUUCCAGAUUUUGUUACAAAGGAUAAUGUGGUCCAUCUUAACUAUUAGAAUGAGUGAUUGUAAACACUGAUGUUUAGGAGGGGAUAAAAUCCACAUGGAUGCUCAAACAGCAGAGAGAAAAGGGAGAAAUAGUUGGCUUUUUGGUUACUGCUUCUUACUGAGCUGUCAUGUGUAGCUCUCCAGCUCACUCACAACCAGUCAGCCUGUACCUCCCUCCAUGCACUUUGAAUAGAGCAGAAACGACUUUCAGAAUUCUGAAUCAAAGAUCUGAAAGUUGAGGGGACACACCAUAUAACGUGUCCUUCCAUAUCUUUCUGGAUCUGACCUAGAAAUAUGGCCUGAAUUCUUAAACAGGCUUCACAGUAAUUUGUGCAGUGUUUACUACUUCUUCCUUCUCCCCAGAAAGGCAUUCUUCCAACUGAUGACCUUUUUAACUACCAAAAGAAAAAUGAUUGAUUUAGGAUGCCUUUAUCAUCACUUGUUUAAAAAAAAAAAACCAGCAACCCCCACACUUGUCUCUUUACUGUUAACCAGACCUCAGUGUGGGAAAAGUAACUCAGUGUCUUGUACAGGCUUAAGCAUAAGUGAGGACUCAAAAGAAAAGAAGCCAUUAAAUCCUGAGAUCAAUGUUUUCAUUUAAAAAUGGAAUGUUUGAUCUGCUGUGUGCUUAGCCUUCUCUAGAACUCCUUCUGUUGAGUCACCAUAACAUUGUCUUUACAAGAAAACUGCACCUUUUCUGCUCAGUUUAUCAUCAGAUGAGUACUAAUGAAUAAUAAAGCUUUUCAGGUCUGAUACAAACUAUGAAAUGUAUAAAUAUACAUUUAUAUAUACAUAGCAUAUACAUCCACAGAAAGGUUAAGACUUAAAUACAAAUUCUCCUAGACAGACUUUUGCAAAGGCAAAACUAAUAGUUCAUGUCACUUUGAUGUCUUAAUGAAAAGGACUGAGCUGAGAAUACCAGGACCUGAAACUUUGUGUGUACAAAAUAGCUGAGAAUUAAUCCCUUGCUGGCACACCAGUAUUCCCAACCAGUGAUGUAAGUGGUAAAAGAUGUGGGGGAGGAUUACUUUAGCACUGGCUGCUUCUUUUAUCCUGCAAAAUCCCCAUUUUUUGGCUGAGGUCUUCAGAGACAUGAACAGGGGCCUGUUGUACCAUGUUUUUACUGUGAAAUAAACUCAAGGCCUCAGUUUAUCUUCUAAGUGGAUUAAAAUAAAGUGACUGAAAUGCUUAUUCUCCCUAGGUAAUGAUUUCCUUUUCAGAGUCUGCUCCCCUGAAAGCAGGAGAAUCAAACUUCAUGUAGACCAAGCCUAGAGUCACCACAGGUACCAUCCAUCACCUGAGUGAACACCUUGUGCCAGCACCUUCCUGCCUGAGAUAGGCAGGAGGAGUGAAAGGAAGGCAGGAUAUCUCUCACAGUUUGUGAAUUCUGUCCUCCUGAAGGUGCAUUAGAAUCUUACACUGCAAAGACACGAGCAAAACAUUCAACACCACCUUGAAAGCUCAUCCUGAAACCAUAGAAUUACCUAUAAAGGAGUUAUGUUUUCAGGAACAAGGAUUAACAAUAAGCCAUGUACUAAUUCCUGCAAGUAGUUUCUAGUUUGUAGAUUGCAUAUGAAUGGGAAACUUUCAGUCCAAAAUCUGAAAUGUGAGUUUUGUUCAUUUGUGAAUAACUACACAUAUCAUGUGGCACGUGCUGCUCCCCUGAGUAAUGUUCCUAGGCUGGCAUUCCUGGUGGGAAUGUUGAUUUGCAUUGGUAGUUUCCUCUCUGCGAGUAUCCCUAAGUAGCUACGUAGAGCGUUCCCUUUAGUCUUUGUAAGUUUUUUGGGGUCCUCUUGGAGAAUAAUUUCCUAGGAAGAAAUGAAGACUUUUGAGGACUGUCUUGCACAAUGGGACACAAUUAAUGCAAUCAUGAUACAUGUAAUGUAGGAAGCAUGAGAGUCCCUCUCUUUGCACCCAAAUCCACCUACAGUAUCUGUAGAAAUCAUCUUGCUAAAUACAGGAGGAUGGAGAAAGCAAGUUACAAUUUGAUAGUAAACUCCAUUAUCAGUGACAGACACGCCUGGGCUUAAAAUCUGGAGCCUGGUGCUCGGCUUUUAGUGAAGUCCUGCCAAAGUCUGUAACAGGGAGUUUGUGACACGGGCAGAGAACCCCAGAGGUGUGAGACAGAGGAGCUGUGAGGCACCAGCACUCUGCCUCCUCCACUGCCUUCAUGGCUGGCAGGACUCAUGGAAAUGCACCAAGGGGACAAGGGAACCCUCAUUUUCCUGCUGUUAACACAACCUGUAGACAUUUGGUAGUAAGUUUAUUAUACAUUUUAAAUAUAACAGUGCCAACUCCUCCAUUAUGUUCUUUUGCACCUGUGAGUCCCAUUCCCCUGUAACUGAGCUGAGCAAAAUGGGUAUGUUUCUUGUCAAACUGUGUGUGUCAAAUAUAUUUGUGUAUGCUAAACAAUAUUUUGAUCUAAACGCUGUGAAAAAAUAUUUAUUUACAAUUUGGGCAUAGAGAUGGAAAUUAAAUUCUGUAUACAGUAUGUGUAUAUAAUAUUAAAGACUACAUAUUGAUGGGAAGGAUCUGUUAUAAUCUUAAGAGUCCAGAGGGUAAGCAAGUGGUUCACCACAACUAAGCUGUGGCUUGCCUGACAAAUUCAAAAGCUCACUCUAGAGCUCAGCUGUCAUGUACAAUACUAUGUGUGAACAAUGUAUAUUGCUUUUUCUGUUUUUAUAUUGAAUUGUAUUGAAUAUUUAAAAGACUUUUUAAUAUUUUAAAAAUUUUAUUUAAGUGUUAAUGCC